AACAACAUAACUUCCGGUUUCCGGUCAAAUUUUGUUUUUCUGCUUUCGAAAUCGCAAAUUUAUGCGAUUUGUUGUUUUUUAAAGAUGCAGAACAUGAUUAAUGCCGUGAAAGGCUCCGCCCUUGGUGUAGCAGAGUAUUUCACACCUGUCCUAAAGGAUUCCAAAUUUAAAGAGACAGGAGUACUGACACCAGAAGAGUUUGUUGCCGCUGGAGAUCACAUGGUACAUCAUUGCCCUACAUGGCAGUGGGCAAAAGGAGAUGAAACUAAAAUAAAACCAUAUUUACCUCCAGAUAAACAAUUCCUUAUUACUAGAAAUGUUCCAUGCUACAAAAGAGUAAAACAAGUAGAUACCCAUCAAGAAGAACAAGAGAAAGUAAUAGAAGUGGACGAAGAUGGAGGAUGGGUGGAUACACAUCAUUUUGCAGACCCAAAUGCACAAGCCUUACAAGAUCAAGUUGCUGAAAUGACACUAGAUUCAAAGGACAGUAAAAAGGUCAGUAAUCCAGACAAUGAUGAUGACGAUGGAGACGAUGAUGACGAGGAUGGAGAUGUUAUGGACAUGGAAGAUUUUGAACAAAGUGGCAUGUUAGAGGAGGAGGAUAAUGCCACAUUACAACCUGAAAAGUGUUCCCGACAAGACUCAGAACCUGGGGGAGAAAGUGGUAUAUUACAAACCAGGACUUAUGACCUCAAUAUAACAUAUGACAAAUAUUACCAAACACCUAGGUUAUGGCUAUAUGGUUACGAUGAAAAUAGAAAACCAUUAACUGUAGAACAAAUGUAUGAAGAUUUUAGUCAAGAUCAUGCAAAGAAAACAGUUACUAUGGAGGCACAUCCGAAUUUACCAGGACCACCAAUGGCAUCAGUUCAUCCAUGCAGACAUGCUGAUGUUAUGAAGAAGAUAAUACAAAUGGUAGCUGAUGGAGGGGGAGAGUUAGGAGUACAUGUAUAUUUAAUGAUAUUUUUGAAGUUUGUACAAGCUGUGAUUCCAACGAUAGAAUAUGACUACACAAGACAUUUUACAAUGUGAUAACUGAUUGUGCAAUUUAAUUUAUUGACCAAAGUGCUAUUAAUUGUUUAUGAUCAUCAUUCCUAUGUUAUGCCACAUAUCUCUGCUAUAUCAAUAUUAUGCUAUGUUAUGUCCUCCGAAUUCAGGUAAAAGGCUCAAAAUGAAAAAAAAAUGAAGAGAAGGUAUAUAUUUUUCUAAUUUAUUUAGAAUAAUAGGAAAGAUAAUAUUGACUUAAUUGACAGUUCUUGUUGGAAAUAAGACUUGAUGUUUUGGAUGGGCAAACAAAAAGGGUCAUUCAUGUCAGGGUUAUUUCAAAAUAAAAAAAUGUAUUGAAUGAAGGUUGGGGUUGGACAUCAUAUAUUUAUACCCCACCCCCAUACUCUUUAUUUUCAUUUGUUUACCCCUAUUACAUGCAAAUUUAUAAUGUGGUUUCCCAUACAUUUUUUUCUAGAAUAUCUCUGAUACUAAUCACAGUUAAAUUGUGAUGAAUUGAUGGAUACUUUAGAAGUAAGCUUGAUUACCUUAUAUAUGUAGAUUUGGGUUAGAGAAUUCUCUUAUCAAUAUUAUUAUGUUUAUAUUUGCUUUGCUUUUAUUGGAAGGAAGGGGAAAUUUUAUAUAAAGGUACUUGGGGGAUAUCUUUUGAAUGGAGAACAUAUAAAUAUGUAUAUAUAUAAGUUUCCUUAAAAAAGACACCAUUUUAUUAUUUCAGUUGUGCAAAAUUGUCAUAUCUGUAAAACUUGUUUAUAUUCAUACCCCUGCUUUGAAGAAGGGAGUACUGGUAUACUUUAUCGGACCACAGAUGAAUUAUUACGUUGUGAUUGGUUAAACACCUCCACUUGGUGACCCCCUAUGAGACCGUAUGGGUUUAGUAAGUUUCAUAUGGGGUUCAUGAUGCGUUAAUGGCGACGUCAUCUAUUAAUGUAGUCGUGUUUCAGUGUUUAUUGUUCAACAACAAGCCGUAGAAAAAGUCUAGUGUCCGAUAAAUUCGUUAUACGGUUAACUACUGACCCCCUACAGAUCCAUAGAGGGUGAAUAAAAUUCAUAGGGGACUCUGCCUCUGGUCUCACCCCCUAUGGAUUUUACUAACCCUCUAUGGAUCCGUAUGGGGUCACUAGCGAACCAUAUAACUUAUAGUAUGAUCCCUGUCUCCAUCUGUUCAGUUCUCCUGUCCUAUGAAAAUUUAAUUCCAAUAUUCUCAGAAACUAAAUAUUAGAGCUCCCUGAAAUUUGUUUAC